CUAAGACAAAUAAAAUCUUAUGGGGUGGAUCUCAAAACCGUAAUGACCACCCACUAUUUAUCCUCCCAACUGCAACCACGAUCUUUUAAACCGCCAGCCCUUUGCACUUGGCAACAGCCCAAUUCCACGGCAUUAUACUAUUGUCCUUGUUGAUUCCUUUCAUGGAAACCACCCAAGAACCAGAACCAUCAUGGGAGGAACUCAUUGGAAGCAACAACUGGGAAUCUCUUCUUGAUCCUCUCAACCUCUCUCUGCGCAAGCUCCUCCUCCGCUGUGGUGACUUCUGCCAAGCCACCUACGAUUCUUUCAAUAACGACCAAAACUCCAAGUACUGCGGCAGUAGCCGCUAUGGCAAGUCCACUUUAUUCGGAAAGGUCAUGCUUGAAUCUGCUUCUGAUUACGUAAUAACUACUUUCCUUUAUGCCACUGCUCGCCUUAGCCUCCCUGAAGCCUUCCUUCUCCAUUCUCUGUCCCGGGAGUCUUGGGACCGCGAGUCCAACUGGAUUGGCUACAUUGCCAUAACGACAGAUGAAAGAAGCAAAGCUUUAUGCCGACGUGAGAUCUACGUUGUGUGGCGUGGGACUAUGAGAGACUACGAGUGGGUUAAUGUUCUUAAAGGAAAGUCUGAGUCUGCUGAAUGCUUGUUGAAUGAGAAGUUUGAAGGUAGCAAUGAUGAAAGCGAGCAUGAGCAGACCCCUCAUGUGAUGUUUGGGUGGCUUACGCUUUACACCUCAGAUGAUCCAAAAUCAGCCUUUACAAAGUUAAGCGCUAGGAAGCAACUUUUAGGAAAGAUUAUGGAGUUGAGAGAGAAAUAUAAAGAUGAAAAUCCAACUAUAGUAUUCACGGGGCACAGUUUGGGGGCUAGCUUAGCAGUCUUAAGUGCUUUCGAUACGGUGGAGAAUUGUAUCCAUGAUAUUCCAGUGACGGCUUUCGUGUUUGGUUGCCCACAAGUUGGAGACAAGGCUUUCAAUGAAAGGCUGAAAAAGCAUUCAAAUCUGAAGAUUUUGCACACCAAGAACACCAUUGAUAUAAUCCCUCGCUAUCCAGGCGAAUUACUGGGAUAUGUCAAGACGGGAACCGAGCUUGUAAUUGACACAAGGAAAUCACCGAGCUUGAAGGACUCCAAUAACACCGGGGACUGGCAUAAUUUGCAGGGUAUGUUGCAUAUAGUGGCGGGUUGGAAUGGAAAAGACGGAGAGUUUGAGCUGAAAGUGAAGAGAAGUUUGGCUUUGGUGAAUAAGUCUUGCGCGUUUCUGAAAGAUGAGUUGUUGGUGCCAGGAUCCUGGUGGGUAGAGAAGAACAAAGGACUCGUUAGAACUGAGGAUGGAGAGUGGAUAAUGACUCCCCCAGAUGAUUUGCUUGUCCCCGAAAUUUGACUGUGACAAGGCCAUUAUCAAGAAUCAACAGUAAUAGCAGCUGUUAUUGUUUAUGUAUAAGUGUUAGUUUCUUUAGGUAGAAUAAAAGUUGGUGAUUGUAUUGUACUUAGCAGAUAUUUCUUUCAUCCACAUUAAAAUAUGUGAAAAUAGGUAACUGCGUUUAAUGUACCUAUAGCAUCCACCAGUAUUAUUAUAGUAAUUAUGAUCUACUAUAUGGUUGUAAACUUUCAAUUAGA